UACUCCCCUCCGUCCCUCCCACCCUCCGCCUGCCACGGUCUGUCUUGGUCCGCCCGCAGCAUUCGCCUUUCAAGCUAGGAUUUUCACUAUAGAGAUGGCUGCGAAAGUGUGUAGCUCAUUGCUCCUCCUGUCCCGGAGCAGCGGAACUGUGGCCACCGGGCUCCCCGUGAUUUGCGUCCCGUCACAGCGGCACCACCAGCACAUAAGACCGGAGCAGACAGUCAGGAAAGCACACAGCUUGAGGCCAACCUCCUCCUGCUCUGCCCUGUUCCGCCAGCCUCACAUCGUCCUCUCAGCGGCCUUCUCAACCCAGGGAUGGAGGGGGUCUCACUCGUGGCAGGGCCAGAGACUGCUGUGUUCCUCUGCUGCUCCAGAAGAGGUGACGGUGGCGUACCAGAACGGGCUGCCGGUGAUCUCUGUUAGUUUGCCGUCUCGUAGAGAACGAUGCCAGUUCACCCUGAAGCCCCUCAGUGACUCUGUCGGCGUGUUCCUCAAACAGCUGCAGGCGGAAGACCGGGGCAUUGACCGCGUAGCCAUCUACUCCACAGAUGGGGCGAGGGUGGCCUCAUCCACAGGAAUAGACAUCCUGCUAUUGGACGAUUUCAAGCUGGUCAUCAACGACGUUGCUCACCUUGUGCGGCCGCCGCGGAGAGAUCUCCUGCCACAUGAAGAGGCGGAGCGCCUGAACGACGUCAAGUACCUGGUCCAACAACUGUACACCACCCUGCGCAUUGAGGAGCACCAGCUGUCUAAAGAGAAGGAGCUAGUUGUUAGACUGGAGGAGCUGAAUUCACAGCUACGCCCUCUGGAGAAGGUGAGGGAGGAGCUGAGCCGCAAGGCAGAGCGUCGCACCACCUGGGUGAUGUGGGGCGGCAUGGCCUACAUGGCCACCCAGUUCGGCAUCCUGGCCCGGCUCACCUGGUGGGAGUACUCCUGGGACAUCAUGGAGCCCGUCACCUACUUCAUCACCUACGGCACCGCCAUGGCCAUGUACGCCUACUACGUCCUCACACGCCAGGAGUACAUCUACCCAGACGCCAGGGACAGGCAGUAUCUGCUGUUCUUCCACAAGGGGGUGAAGAGACAACGCUUUGACGUCCACAAGUACAACGAAUUAAAGGACACGAUUGCUGAGGUCGAGUUAGAUUUGAAGCGUCUCAGAGACCCUCUACAGCUCCAGCUCCCUGUCCAGCAGCUCACUGCAGCCGGCAAAGAUUGAUAGGGAGUGUGGUUCCUCCCUUCCCUUCCUCCUCUGGCCCUCUCUCCUCCCCAACCCACUUUUCUUGCAUCUUUCCUUCUCUAACUGUCCGUCCACCCUCCAACUUUACUCCUCCAACCCUCCCUCUUUUGACAAACCCAUCCCUUUAGUGAUCUCACAUACCUCCCCCUCUUCGUUUAUGUUUUUCAACUGAAAAGUUGGAUAGGCAAGUUAAAACAUCUAUUGACAAGUUUUGGCAUCAAAAAAGAACCAAAACAGAAUUCCUUUUGUGGCUGAGAUCAAUGGACGCUAUGGAAACUCCACAGGACUCCAGACAGAAGGAUAGCCUGUAGGAGGACAGCUUUAGGGGACAUACAAGAAGUGACACACUACAGUGGGAGGAGCUACAGCUGAUGUGAGGGAGGAGCCAGAAAGAUGGACACAUCCGUGAGUGUGUGUGUGACAAUGCCCCAAGGCAUCAACCACCCAACGGCUAUAUCUGAAUCUACGGGCCAGCUAGGUCUGUGAUGCAGCUGGAGCGUUCAGACUGUAAACAGGCCACUCCUGUCAGACAUGGCCACACCCACAGAGGGACUUAAUCACAUGGAUCCACGUUUACAAGGAUGCAUCUCUUCUAGCUCCUCCCCCAGAUGACUAACCAGCGCUCUUUGACCUCUGCAUGCACAGAGAACAGGGCUGUGUGACCUCCAGGUGACCUUGAACUUUGACCUUGGCCAGCCCUACCCUUCUUGUGUCGUCUGAUUGGUUGAUGCCAUCCCUAUCUUUCCUGAGUCCCCCCCCCACUCCCUGCUGCCUGAUGGACAGCUGCCACCCGAGCAUGUUGCUAUAAGGACAAGGAGCUUUAUGAAGAGGCCAUCCACCUGUCACAGCCUUUACAGAGAGUUAACAGAUGCAGUUGAGGUCAGGUGACCAUGCCUCACUUCCACUUCCUGUUGUUGACUUCUUGUCAACUUUCUGUUUCCUGUUACAUGCUCGCCAGGCUGCGGCGACAUUGGACGAGUUCCGUAGUACCGACAAAAACAUCACUGUGUGUUCUAUUAUUCCAAAAAAAUAUUUUGGCACUUUUAUUUUGAAAGCCAUACUAUAUUUGUUAUGAAAAAUAAUAUACAAUCAAACACAAUGGAGGAAGAGGAGGUCCAGGAGUCCGUGAGGAGACGAGCUGAACAUCUUGAAGCAGUUGUGUGUUUAUAUACCAUGUCUUUACUUUUAUGAAUUCUCAGCCAAGCAGGUUUUUCAUAUCAAUGCCCUCUGUCUCACACUCUGUCUCAACACUCUGUCUCACACACAAACAGAAACACUGUUGAUAUGCACAUCCGUACAUGCCUUCAGUGUUUUUCCCACAACAACAUAACACCUAUCCUAUUUGCAUGAGUAGCCAUUACAGACAGCCAGAGAGUAGAUGAGAUCUUAGAAUAACUUCUGGUCCAAACGUUCUGCUUGCUCACCUCAGCGGAGAGAUAAUUACAGAACAGUAGGCCGCUGUGAACGUGUGAUGCAUGAACUCUGAUCUAAAGUAGGACGAGGCACUGGUGAAAAUGUUUGGAGGGCAGCCAAAACAGAAUACUUGACAUCUGGGUGGUACUGGUCUUGUGUAAUUCCUCUGUAUUCCCUCUCCUUCUGACUGCAGUAGCCUGCCUCAUUAACUGAAUAUACAGAGACAUAAAUAUGACUGGACAUUAUAGUGGGUGUCUGUAGACGCUGCCCCAGGCAUGCUUAUAGAUUGCAGAUUGUUGAAGUGUGUGUGUGUGUGUGUGUGUGAGGUGUUUUAAGACCGAAGCCAAGGUACCUAUGGUGAAACAGUGGACGUACAACAUGCAAAACACACACUCAGUAUCACGUAUGUCAUUCUGUAUAGGGCCAGGUCGGUGCAGGCUUUCACUCCUACCUUGCACUUAACAGACUAAUUAAGGUCCAUGAUUAGUAAGUAGCUCCCUUGGUUGUCUAGGUUUUUAAUUGGACACCGAUUGGCAGAACCAGCGAACACUCAACUCACCCCUCCGAACCCUAACCCCUCCAUGGGAUAAUUUAUUCGGUCCCAGGGUUAGAUUUCCGACAUACCACUGCAGCCUAGAAAAAAUAUAUAAUAAGAAUAAUACUGUAGAAAAAUAGAGUGUAAAUAGAUGGUGUCUCAGAUACGAUGUUUGCUUUUUCAUUGUGGAAAGAAGACGUGUGAUUGAUGACAGACAUGACUUCUGACAUUACAUGGUACCAAUAUCAACUUGUUUUGAGGGAGUGUCAGUGUGACACAACACGGUUCGAUCAACAUAAAUCCAAUUCAGUCUGCACCCGGCCAACAAAACCAAAACCCUUGGAGAUGCGUAUAUGGAUAUGGUUGUUACAUCUACUUUCCGAACAAUAUUCUCUGUCUUCACAAAUACGGCUAAAGGAAUAUAUUCCCUGCCUGUGUGCUUGCAGAUCAGUCACGCACGCACGCAAGGCUGUUCCGUCCGGAGUACUUUCCUCCCACUGUCCCUAAAAGCUGUUCUAGAUAACGCCCCCCUUCCCUGUUGGCCAUGGGGCAGGAUUGAGUUCAUGCAUGCUGUGGUAUGCCAGUAGAAAUUAAAUGUCAAUAUAUAAAGUAGGAGCAUUGUAGCCAUUUAGCUUUGAUGCUAUCGUCGGGUUGUUCCACAGACACUGUCCCUCUUAACGUUUCCAUGCUGUUUUUCCGGUUCAGGUGAUGGGCAAAGCCAUAUCUAUGUUGUUUUGUCUCCCGGCCGUUCACUAGAGGACGAUACACCUGACAGGAUCAAGUUAGUGCCAGCCAAUUCUGAAAAACAAGGUAAUAUUGAUAUUCUGUUUCUGUAAGUAAGUAAGCUGAACUUGCAGGGGGGUUGAGUCAUGUAGCCCUUAGCCAAUUUCAACCUCUAUCUUAAAUAAAAAGGAAAAUAAUAAUGAAUUGGUGGCUAAGUCCUUGACACAGUUGGUAGUGUCCUCUGGGGUUCAUAGCCCACGACCAUGCGUUUCCUCUGGUGUUUAUGCCUUUAGGUGGCCCAAGGUAGUGGCUGGAUUGGAGGGGACUGGGGGUGGG